UUAGUGCGCCAAUUUUAAUCCGUAGUUGUAGGUGAUAAAACUUCAAAAGAAAAUUAAAAAAUUGACGUUUUAGCUAUAAUUAAAUAUUAAUUCUAGUUUUGAUUUUUUUCUCGAUCAUUUAUAAAAUUGUAUAAAUUAAAAAAUUGUAUAGAAAAAUUUCUCAUUGCAAUAGAACGGCUUGAUGUUCGUGGAGUGAUCGAAAUUUAGAGGUCAUUGCAGGAUAUAUAUUCAAACAAAACAGUUAUUUAAGAAAAUUUUUAACAUAAGAAGGCAGUAUGGACGUGGACGAGCAUCCAGGAGAAGAUCACAUAUUAAUAAAAAAUGCUACACUUGUUGUAGUUGAUGCACCAAAUAAUAUGGAGUUUGGAAUAGAUUUAAAUUCUUGGGAUAUUAAAAAUAAUAAAAAGUAUAUGGGUAUUAAAUUCAUACCUCCAGGAUUCCGUUUUGUACACUAUAGAGUAGAAGAUCGUCAUGGCGGACCAUCAUUUAGAAUUGGUUUUAUUCAUUAUUUUGAGAAUGGUGAAUUUAUGGUCAAAUGUUGGGACAAAUCAACAAAUGAAAUGAGUGCUGAUCCUGUUGAGGAAGAUUUGCUAGUACGUCUUCGAAACAGUCUGUUAGAUUUAGAUAACAUUCUUGUUCCCUAUAACUUUGAUUACAUUGAUAGAUGGGAACGAUUGACUGAUAAAAUUGAUUUUUAUGUAGUAAAACGUUGUAAACCUCUUUGUGGUUUCAUAUAUUCGGCUAUGGAAUUAGUGCCUUGUAGUAAUGAUUCGGAACUCUCUACAGACGAAGAAGAUUCUAGAAAAAAAGAAGAGAGUAAAGAGAUACCACAAACAAGACCUAUGAAGAAUCAAAUACCAAAAUUAUUGCCUAACUUUAAACCAAAAGCUGGUUCAGAACUGAGAUUAACACCAAUGCCUGACAAAUAUUAUCCUGAUAAUACAACUCCAGAAAAUAUUACAAAAUAUAAUCUUGAUUACAGUUAUGCUUGGGAGACAGUGCUUAAUGGAAUGAAAUGUUCAGCGGAAAUACUUGGUGAAUUGCAACUUACUUUCGUUUGUGUCUUGAUAGGCCAAAAUUGGGAAGCCUUUGAACAAUGGAAAAAGAUUUUCUCAUUGAUAUGUGGUGUAGAUUCAGUUAUACCAAAAUAUAGGUCUCUUUUUUUGGAAUUUUUGUGGACUAUAGAAGUUCAGUUAGAUUAUAUUCCAGAAGAUAUGUUAGUAGACGUUGUCUAUACUGAAAAUUUUAUCUAUUGUAAUUUGCGUAAGUUUUUUAGGAACAUUGAAUUUCAUGUUGGCAUAGAUCAGCCAUUCAAGUAUACUGCAGCACGAUACCGUGAACGAAUAUGUAAUAUGCUUAAUUGGAACUUUGGUAAUUUACAAGAAGAAGAAGGAGAUGAGGCACCUGUUAUUGUUAGUACAGAUUAAAUAUUAACCAUAUUACAAAUAAAAAUGAAUUUAUGAAAGAAAAAUAAUUUUUUAAUUUAGCUUUAAUUUUUUACGGGUAAAUUGCGUAUAAAUUAUAUGUUAUAUUAUAUAGCCAGAUAGAUAGUAUAUAUGUGUAUUGUAAAUAAACUAUUGAUCAUCUUCUGUAUAAUUCGCUCAUGAUCAAA